UUUGCACAUUUCUGUGUUGUGUGUGUAUGUGUGUGUGUGUGUGUGUGUGUGUGUGUGCGCGUUUCUUCUCCCACUGUGCUUCAACCCUCCGAUCAAAACUGUCAAAGCUCCUCCAUUGCACAGUGUAGCAUAGAUAUUCUUUAAGAAUGUUUGCUUUCCUUUUUGUGGUCAUGCUGGGGUUGUGCCACUGUAGCAAGGACGGCAAUCAGACAUAUCUGGGGAUUCCACGACUCUUCGGCCCUUCAGAGGCGUUGGUGGGAGACAUUGUCAUAUUCAAAUGUCAAAUGCCAAAACACCAAAAGAAUGAAUUCAUUCUGCUGCAGUUAUUCAAGAAGGGUAACAAUAGCAAGUGGUUGGGUGAAUCCACCUCCCUGUCCGGGGAAGCUGGAGCCUUCAACUUGGUGAUCAGACCUUCCCACGACGGCAGCCUGGAGUGUGUGGCCAGAGCACAGAACAACUCCAACAUACAGCCCACCGCCAGCAUCUCUCACUACCUGAAGGUUGUUGAGCCAGUUAAUGGCUCACAGAUCGUUGUGCGUUCGGGUCCAGUGGAGUUCUUUGAGGGGGACAAACUGGAGCUACUCUGCAAACUUACUGCCGGAAAUUACGUGUCCUACAAAUGGCUGCUGAAUGGUCGGCUCAUCGCUCAGUCUCCUGGUCUUCUUCCCUCGGGUAACCACCUCUUGCUCAACAGAACCACGUCAGAAGACAGCGGCUCCUACGUGUGUGUGGCGACCAACCACUUCAAAGACGCAGUCUUCACCUCCAGAAGCUCUGAUGUUGAAAUUAUAGUCAAAGAUGUGGUGUCGGCCCCUGACAUCUCCUUCACCGUGUUGAAGGAGGAGUCCCAGAACUAUUCUGCCGCGGUCACCUGUCAGUCAUCAGCAGGGACUCCACCUGUGACCUUUACACUCUACAACAGGACGGAAUUGGUUGGCAGUAUGACGAGCCAAGACAGAGGCGUCGCAUUUAAAUUGCCGCUGUUCUUGGGUCAGUACUUGGGCGAGCUCCGGUGCGAGGCAAACAACGGGGGCCCGGUCGCUCACAGUCAGUGGUUGCCCUUAGAAGUUGUCUCAGUCGGUGGGCCUGUGACCAUGCACUACGACUACGACGUAGGAGAGAACUUUGCCGUGGUCGGCCUGAGACUCUACUGCAGGGUGGCAAAGGGCUCUCAUCCACGGUACCGGUGGUUCCAGAACAAAACCCUGCUACGUGAUCGAGGGAGCUUCUACUACGUCGCCAACCAGCCGCCAGAGCAAUCAAUUCUCCUGCUGUCUGUCGGGAGGAGCAGCGCUGGGACGUACCGUUGUGAAGUGUCUGACAGCUUUGACAACACCACCGCAAUAAGCAGCAGGAAGCGAUAUCUGGAUAAAGAAGUGCUGAACCGUCUCCCGGUCCCGGUAGUAGCAACUGUCUUUGGAUGUUUCACAGCCCUAAUUCUCCUGGUCUCUGUUUGUUGUGGGCUCGGAGUCGUGUACAGGCGAAGGCAGUACGGAGAGAGGUCUCUCUUGGGCCUGGAGAUGGAGAGAACAGUAGCGUACGAGGGCGAGCUGGAUCUGUCCGAGUACGAAGAGGACGCUGAUGUGUUGAGGAGGACAACCGGCGGGGAUGAAUUUGAUCGGGUGAGGGCAUCAGGCAUCCGAGGCCUCUGCAGACGAAUGGCCCCGGAUCGCGGAGCACAGGAAGACGUUGGAGGACGAACCAUUUGAGGCCCUUUGAGGACUCAGAUCGUUUGCUCCAUAUUAACACAGAUUUUGUCGUGCCUUAAUAAACAUCUGCCCACAAUGUG